GGCGUCAACUUCCUGCAAGAUCCUAACAACUUCUGAUGACAUUUCCAGGAUUGCAGUUUAGGGUAGUUGAGUGUCCUGUACUGUUCUACAGUUUAAAAACCUAACGUGCAUUUGUUCAGCGUCCUAGUGGUUACGAGAUGAUCGAAUAAUUAUAUAAUCAGCCGCGAGCUCAGUAACUGCAUUAAUAGUAUUUCCAGUUCAUCUCCCAAAGGACUUCUUGCAAAAAGCAGAGUGGGUGUGGAAAUAGUGAAAGUAUGUCGGAACCGGUACGAUCAGGGACACGCAUACGCGUGUCAGCAGCCAAUCAAAGCCCGGGUUCCUGGAGCGCCUCAGCGAGACGUCUGGAGGAAUGCUUGUGGGAGUCUCUUUAUUCCUGCUGUCAUUUUACGUGCUUUUCACCAAUGAGGGCAGGGCGAUACGUGUCGCUGCUUCUUUGGAUGAGGGUCUGUCACUGGUGGUGUCCUUGGAACCUUCUUUUGCUCCAGAAGUCCAGAAUAAUAACCACCUAAUACAUCUGUCUGCCCCCCUGCGCACUGCCCAGCCCCUGCAUGACCCAAACUACAGAGUGGCAGUGCAUGCAGUCAAACUGAAGAGGCAGGUGGAAAUGUACCAGUGGGUGGAGCACCAGGAGAGCAGAGACUAUGAGGAGGAUGGACAGACGAAGACUGAGACAACAUACUCCUACAGUACAGAGUGGAGGUCAGACAUCGUCAGUAGCAGGAACUUUGACAAAGAGAUUGGGCACAUUAACCCCAGUGCGAUGGCAGUGGAGAGUGUAACUGUGGUUGCUCCUGAUGUCUGGGUGGGACGAUUCUCUCUGUCCAAUGGCUUGGUGGAGAAGAUUGACAACUUUGAGAGGCUGAGAUUGACUGUGCCCUCUCCUGACCCUGAUUCCUUCAUCACAGUGGAUGGAGACUUCUUUUACCAUACUCCACACCCCAACCGACCAGAGGUAGGGGAUGUAAGAGUGUCUUUUUACUACGCGGGAAUGAGUGGUGAGGGAUCAUACCCAAGACCUGCUCAGGUGGUCAGUGUGGUUGCGAUGCAGAGGGGUGAACAACUGAUGUCCUUUAAAACCAAGUCUGGAGAAAAGCUGGAGAUUCUGUAUUUGGAAGAACUGUCUGCCGAGGAGGUGUUUGAGCGGGAACAUCAGGUGAACACCAGGCGUCUCUGGGCUCUCAGAGCUGCAGGCUGGGGGCUCAUGUUCCUGGGGAUCAGUCUGACCAUGAGGGUAUUCUACACUCUGGUGGACUGGGUUCCUGUCCUCAGAGAGCUUGUGAAUUUGGGGCUGAAGAUCUUCGCUCUCUGUGUCUCCUGCUCCCUCUCACUCCUCACCAUUGCAGCCGGCUGGCUGUUCUACCGCCCCCUGUUGGCUAUAGCCCUCACUGCACUUGCCCUAUUACCUGUGCUCAUCGCCCGCACCCGCACCCCACCAAAGAAGCACCAGUGAGCCCUCACCCCUGAUCUCUCAUCUUGGUGUCACAUUUACCAAGAUUAUUUAGAAACACCAGAUGCUCACCACAAAUGUUCCUUCACUCUUCUCCACUGCAUAACUACAACAGUUUCUGGCUGGUGAUAGGAGUUACUGCUGCUUAAUAGGAGUUAAUAGGAGUUAAGGGGUGUGGCCAUGGGCAUGACAGCACUGCCACAGUUUCCAAGCCAGAGGGACAGAACUUUCAGUGUUAAGAACACAGAGUUAAGAAUCUGGUAUUUCUAAAGAAUCUGUGUUUUCCAGGAACAGAAGAAAGUGAAAUCACUAUUUUCAGCAGCCUCCCCCGUAUUUUCUUGCAGCUCUUGCUCCUCCCUCUUCUUGUAUUGGUACAUGCGCUUGCUUUUCAUUCUCCUCAGCAACAACAACCACAGAUCAGUGAUCAGCCAAGGAGCAGAACCUUGGCAUCAUGAUCAAUACUGCCUGAGAAAUUAAAAAUAAUAAUUUGAAGAACAGAAGUGUGUAUGGGUUUUGAAAAAUUAAACCUUGCAGACCCCAUAAAGGAAGUGGGUGUGUCCACUUGUAAAUAUGAAAAUCACAAAUAAGGGGGUAUAUCAGAUGCCUGUUAGAAUACAGCAGUUUUGAGUCUUUAUGGGCUAUCCCACUACCAGGGAGAACUCCAUCAUGUGGCACUUUAAUGACAUCAUAUAUUAAUGAGGCAAGCUACCAAUGAAAAGCAUUUAUUUGGUGAAUUUUAUUUCUUGCCAGGCUUGGGAUUUAGCAUUUGGUCACAAUUAAGCUUUUGUUAAAAAACAAAAUUAAAUGCAGUGUUUGUUCACUUUUAAUGCCUUGUUAUCUGACUGGGGAAGCUUUGAAAUUUAAACACACACAAUGUAUGGAUUUCAUUCACCUUCGCGUUACAAGCAGGCAAAUCAUGGGUGGGGGGGGGGGGGGGUGUAAAUGCCUAACACUGCGGUAUGUUUACAGUAAAACCAAAGAAAUGUUCUCUGAUGUGCUAUGUAUUGGCUUAUAGUAACUGCAGGCAUGCACUUUGUGAGAUGAAGAAUUUGAUUGGCUGACUGCUGCACUGUGUUUCACCAGGUGUGUAGAGACAGCACGGUGGAGCUGACCAACUGUUCCCCAGAACACUAUAACCAUUGAUUUUUACCAAACUAAAAUAUCAAAAAAUGAAGACAAUCAAAUUAAUUUGAAAUUAAUGAUUUGUAAAGCGUCCAAAAAGUAGUAUACUUGUUUUUGGAGAGGUUUAGGAGGUGGAACAGGUCUAGUAGUGAUGCUGUGAGCUUGUCAAGCUCUGUAUAUUUUGACAACUUGCUCAUUGUGUGUAGUUGAUUAGUCCUCACCCCCACCCCUUUGUAUGCCCCUGCCCUAUGAUUUGUGUGUUUUCUACUCUUUGUUAAUGUUUCUAAUAAAAACCUGU